GGCGGCGGCGGCGGCGGAAAAUGAAGCUCCUGAAGCCGGCCUGGGUCAACCACAAUGGCAAGUCGAUAUUUUCCGUUGACAUUCAUCCAGAUGGGACCAAGUUUGCAACUGGGGGGCAAGGACAGGAUUCCGGGAAGGUUGUGAUCUGGAGCAUGGCCCCUGUCCUCAGAGAGGAAGACGAAAAGAAUGAAAAUGUUCCCAGGAUGCUUUGUCAGAUGGACAAUCAUUUAGCCUGUGUGAACUGUGUGCGAUGGUCAAACAACGGCAUGUAUUUGGCUUCUGGAGGAGAUGACAAGCUGAUCAUGAUCUGGAAGAGAGCUGCGUACAUUGGACCUAGCACAGUGUUCGGUUCCAGUAGUAAACUUGCUAAUGUCGAGCAGUGGAGAUGUGUCUCAAUUCUUAAAAGCCAUUCAGGGGAUGUCAUGGAUGUAGCAUGGUCUCCUCAUGACGCUUGGCUAGCCUCUUGCAGUGUGGAUAACACCGUCGUGAUCUGGAAUGCUGUGAAAUUCCCAGUGAAUGCAGAGAUACUUGCCACUCUGAAGGGUCACUCUGGCUUGGUUAAGGGGCUCACGUGGGACCCUGUUGGGAAAUACAUAGCGUCACAAGCUGAUGACCGAAGCUUGAAGGUGUGGCGGACCAUGGACUGGCAGCUAGAAACCAGCAUCACCAAACCCUUUGAUGAGUGCGGAGGAACGACACACGUUCUGCGGCUCAGCUGGUCACCUGAUGGGCACUAUCUAGUCUCUGCCCAUGCGAUGAAUAAUUCCGGGCCUACAGCACAGAUCAUUGAGCGGGAUGGGUGGAAAACCAACAUGGAUUUUGUUGGCCAUCGCAAAGCCGUGACAGUAGUGAAAUUCAAUCCAAAAAUCUUCAAAAAGAAGCAAAAGAAUGGGAGCUCCACCAAACCUAGCUGUCCUUAUUGCUGCUGUGCGGUUGGCAGCAAAGAUCGGUCUCUUUCUGUCUGGCUUACCUGUCUAAAAAGGCCUUUGGUUGUGAUACAUGAGCUGUUUGACAAGUCGAUCAUGGACAUCUCAUGGACCUUAAACGGCCUUGGCAUCUUGGUUUGUUCCAUGGAUGGUUCAGUGGCAUUUUUGGAUUUUUCCCAAGAUGAGCUUGGUGAUCCACUGAGCGAGGAAGAGAAGAGCAACAUCCAUCAGUCUACUUAUGGUAAAAGCCUGGCCAUCAUGACGGAGGCCCAUCUGUCUACUGCUAUCAUUGAGAAUCCAGAGAUGCUGAAGUACCAGCAGAGGCAGCAGCAGGCGGAAAAGAAGAGUGAAUCGAUAAGAGAUGGAGUGGGCUCAGCCACUGCCGCAGCUCCUAAGGUGGCAAGCAUGGUGAAUGGAGAGAGCUUGGAAGACAUUAGAAAGAAUCUUUUAAAGAAGCAAGUUGAGACCCGGACAGCAGAUGGUCGGAGGAGAAUCACCCCGCUUUGCAUAGCUCAGCUGGACACUGGGGAUUUUUCGACCGCUUUUUUCAAUAGUAUUCCAGUAUCUGGAUCCUUAGCAGGCUCUAUGAUGUCAGCUUCUCAGACGAAUCAGCUCAUGUCCUUAGAUUAUAAUGCGACCAAUUCCCUCGGCACUGCCAAGGCUGCGUUGGAGCCAGUGGCGGUCAGUGUUAAACCAACUGAAGACGCAGCCAACAAAGAUGGUGUUAAUGCUACCUCCGCUUCAGCCGCUCCCCCUGCAUCGUCGCCCUCCAUGCUGACAGCCUCUUCCAAGAUAGAACCCAUGAAGGCAUUUGACUCUCGAUUUACAGAGCGAUCCAAAGCCACCUCAGGGACUUCUGCCAUGACGCACACCAGUCAGAUUGCCAUAGACAGACUGAAGGAGCAGGAUUCAGUCAGGGAGAGUAAACCCAGGGAUGUCCUAGAAAGCAGCAGCGACAGUGAGGAGAAGGUCCCGGCCAAGCCGGUGUCGCUCUCCAAGCGCAAACUGGAGCUUGAAGUGGAAAAGAAGAAAAAAGGCCGGCCUCGGAAGGACUCCAGGCUUAUGCCUGUCACGCUGACCGUUCAGUCCCCAGCUAUCCUGGCUUCUGAGAAGGACGGUGCUUGCCACAGCGCACCCUUAGCACUUAAACUGCCAACCCCAGUUCCACAGAAAUCGUUUGCGUUGCAAGUAAGCUCGGAUCCCUCCAUGUAUAUUGAAGUGGAGAAUGAAAUCACUACAGUCGGAGGCUUAAAACAUAGCAGAUUAAAGUGCAAUCGAGAAGGAAAGGAAUGGGAGACAAUCCUCACCAGCCGAAUCCUCUCUGCUGCAGGAAGCUGCGAGGUGGUGAGUGUCGCUUGUGAAAAGCGGACCUUGUCUGUGUUCUCGGCGUGUGGUCGCCGCCUUCUGCCUCCCAUCGUCCUGCAUUCGCCGAUCUCCACGUUGCACUGCACAGGUUUCUACAUCAUGGCUCUCACAACCGCGGCAACGCUCUCUGUCUGGAAUGUUCAGAAACAAUCCGUUGUGGUGAAAGAUGAAUCUCUGCAGACCAUUUUAGCAGGAAAUGAGACCACCGUGUCUCAGAUCUUGCUGACACAGCACGGCAUCCCCAUAAUGAACAUGUCUGAUGGAAAAGCUUACUGCUUCAACCCUUCUCUGUCUUCCUGGAACCUCGUCUCUGACAAGCAGGAGACGCUUGCCCAGUGUGCAGACUUCCGAAGCAGUUUACCACCCCAGGAGGCGAUGAUGUGCUCGGGACCUUUAGCCAUAAUACAAGGAAGGACAUCCAAUUCCGGCAGGCAAGCAGCACGAUUGUUCUCCAUGCCUCACCUGGUCCAGCAGGAAGCCACUCUGGCAUACCUGGAGAGUCAGGUGGCAGCCGCGUUGACUUUACAGUCCAGUUUUGAAUACCGCCACUGGCUCCUUAUCUAUGCACGGUAUCUAGUUAACGAAGGGUUUGAGUAUCGAUUGCGGGAGUUAUGCAAGGAUUUACUGGGUCCGGUCCACAGCUCGAGCGGAAGUCAGUGGGAAUCAACUGUUGUGGGCUUACGAAAGAGAGAGCUUCUCAAGGAACUGCUUCCUGUCAUUGGUCAGAACCUCCGUUUCCAACGGCUUUUCACAGAGUAUCAAGAGCAACUAGACAUCUUGAAAGACAAGUAGCAUCUUCCCAGAUGUUUCUCUGCCUACAGGGGGAAAAAGCUGGGGAAAAAAGCAUUAAGACAGAAGAGGAAUGGUCAGCCUCAGAAUGGAACACUCCUCGAAGGGGUGGUACAAGAACCAGGCCCACCGUGUUUCAUGGAGCAAAGUACUGUCACUGUAAAAGGAGGUCACAAGAGGAAUGUGUGGAAAUAUGGGGAUGAACAGCAUUGUGCGUUUCUGCUGAGUGGGAUUUGGGCAAAGUGGUGUGGCCUUUGGUGGCCAUGGAAAAGCUGUGGAGAUUGUCCUGCAGGGGUCCUUUUGAUUCCAGAUCCCAGAGUGACAAAUCGCAAGGAAACUACUUGCGAGCUGCUUGGAUUUAGGAUAUCUUGUGAAAAGCACAGUACAAGAAGAGAUACUGAAUAGCUUAUUAACCCUUCCUCUGGGGUUCUUUGCUAAGGAUUUGUUGCGGCUCUCUCCUAUAUUUGGGUUACAUAACAGAGGAGUCCCACAAAAGAAAAUUUCAUAAACUACUUAAGGAAUUAUGCAGCCAACAGACUCUUAUCUGUGAAUAACAAUAAAAAAUAAAAAUAAUUACAGGCUGUUCUAUCACACGGACUAUUUUUGUACUAGAAUUUGCUAACUUGUAAUAUGAACAUUUUAUUUGGCCAAUAACCAGAAUUUCUCUUUACCAAGUCACCUGUAUGAAACUUAACUUGUUAAUUAUGACAGCUCUGUUGCUGAAUAAUUGUACCAAAAUUAAUGUCAUUUGGUUUUUAAUUUUUAACUAUUUGUAAGAGGCAUUUGUGGGGAUGGAGUUGGGGGGUGGUAGCUGAAAUGGGAGGGAUGGUUUUGGGGUUUUUUUUUGUAAGCAAGAAAAUAAAUGAACAUGGCAUUGAUCUAAGAAAAGCAUUGACCUUCUUGUGCUGCUUGUAGUAGCAUUAAACUGUACAGGCAAAAGCCUGUUAAAACAAA